UUUUCAAAAAAGAAAUUAACAUUAACGAAAAAACAUUUUCACCAAAAGGCAUAUUUUGGACCCAUGCUGAUGUCGAAGCUUAUUUUUUAUUUUUUUCAUUUCAUUUCAUUUCAUUUCAUUUUUUUUUUUCUCACUCUCAAACUAAAGCUGCUUCUAGAGGAAAUGAAGCAGAAAGAUUUAUGCUUAGAUAUAUGAUACUAGCGAGUGGUAAAGUGUUGAUUUCGAAUGUAAAGCUAUAAAUUGCGAGCUUGGUGACGAAAUCGGAAAAAAUCCGCACAAACUAUGUAUAUAUUGUUAACAUGCAGUUGUUUGAAAGGAAACUGGGUUUCGUAAAUAUUUUACACGAUGAAUUAUUCCAAGGAGGAGAGCUAUCUGAUAAAAUGAGAUAACAUGGGAGACUAUUAUUCAAUUGUGACUGGAAAUGGACGGCAUGAUAUUGAGAGAUGGAAACUUAGGAACUUUUGGCGAUGGUGGGAACCUUAAACAUUGAGGAUAGGGAAAGUCCUAGGUUGCAUACUACAAAUUUCUCAUUCUUGAGGACCAUAUGGAAAUGUUCAGACUUUUAGAAUUUGUAGAUGAAAAUGGUCCCAUGAAGGAACAGUUGUUCUUCAUGCUGUCAUGCAUAUAUAUUAAAUAAGGAGAAAAUUCAUGGAAUGAGAUGCUUAUCGAUGGCGCUGGCUGAUUUUUAUUCGUUUCACGGAGACUAUAAAACGAGACUGGUUCUCCAUCCAAUGGAUUCAAACGGAAGCGUCGUUGAUGCUGCUGCUGCUGCUCUUCAUUUACUGCGAGAUGUCAAAGUGGAUGCCAUGAUUGGUCCUCAAACGUCUGCACAGGUUAACUUUGUGAUGGAUUUGGGAGAUAAGGCUCAUGUGCCGAUUAUAUCUUUCUCUGCAACGAGCCCCUCCCUCGUUCAUCAAACUCCUUAUUUUGUUCAGACAGCUCAGAGUGAUGCCAAUCAAGUUCAGGCUAUUGCUUCCAUUGUUAAAGCGCUCCUGUGGACACAGGUCGUGGUCAUAUAUGAGGACACAGAGUUUGGCAAUGGCAUUAUGCCUUAUCUGUCUAAUGCGCUCCAAGAUGUCAAUGCUCGUGUUCCAUAUAGAAGCGUGCUUCCCAGAUCAGCCACCGACGAACUUAUCAGCAAUGAACUGUACAAAAUGAUGACCAUGCAGACUCGAGUUUUUGUGGUGCAUAUGUCUCAGUUUCUUGGAACUAAGCUCUUUCUAAAAGCAAGAGAAUUAGGGAUGAUGACCGAAGGAUAUGUAUGGAUCGUUACCAGUGGGAUGACGGAUCUAUUCAGCUCAAUCAGUUCGGAUGUUGCUGAGGCCAUGCAAGGGGUUCUUGGUGUAAGACCUCUAAUCCCCAAAUCUGAUGAACUUCAUUCCUUCGCUUCUAGAUUGAGGCAAGAUAAUCGCGAUAUGAAUCAGGAUGAAACAAGUAUAUUUGGUCUAUGGGCAUACGAUACUUUGUGGGCUCUUGGUAUGGCAGCUGAAAGAGUUGGGAUUAGUAGGUCAAGUGCAACUGAGAAUGAAACAAGUGUCAACUUCACUAGCCCUUUCACUUUCAAAGUUUCAGAAACUGGUCCCGAGCUUCUUGAAGCAUUGUUGGAUACGAGGUUCAGAGGACUUGCCGGAGAAUUUAACCUAGUUAAAGGACAGUUGAAGCAGACAUCAUAUGAGAUAGUUAAUAUUGUCGAAAGCAUAGAGAGGCCUGUAGGAACCUGGACCCCAUUCUCUACCUCAAAGGCAAAAUUUAGGAGUAUCAUUUGGCCUGGAGACUCAACAGAAAAACCGAGAGGUUGGGAAUAUCCUAUAAAAGGUGACAACCUAAGAAUUGCAGUGCCAAAGAAACCUGGUUUCAACGAGUUUUUGAAAGUGCAAACAGAUCUUCAAACAAAUGAAACAAAAGUUAGUGGAUACUACAAAGAGGUGUUUGAUGCUGUCAUACACGCUUUACCCUAUGCUCUACCAUACGAAUUUGUCCCCUAUCCAUUUAUCAAGCCCGAUGGUUCAAGAUCUGGGAACUACAAUGAUCUCGUGUUUCAAGUUUCUUUGCAGAAAGAUUACGAUGGUGCUCUUGGAGAUAUCACCAUUACUGCUAACAGAUCUGAUUAUGCCGAUUUCACUAUGCCAUUUGCAGAAGGAGGCAUUGCCUGUAUAGUUCCCGUCAAGUAUGAGGAUGUGAAUGAUGUGUUAACAUUUUUACAGCCCCUUACUAUAAAACUGUGGCUAACCACUGCUAUCCUUUACAUCUCAACUGCGAUGGCAACUUGGUUCCUCGCGAAGAGGGUCGUACAAAGUUCCAGGGAUUCGCUCAGCCAACAAGUUGGCAUGAGUUACCUCUUGCCAUUCUUUCCCGGAGAACGGAUUGAAGUCAUCUUGAUUUGUCUGAUUCUCGUGACAUGGGCCCUUGUGGCAAAUCUGCUUAACUCAACCUACACUGCCAAUUUAUCUUCCAGACUCACAGUAGCCAAUCUUCGAGGAAGUGUAGCGAAUGUGGAGCAACUUAUCGCCAAAGGAGACUAUGUCGGGUACCAAGAUGGUUCAUUUCUUGAAGCUUACUUGAUUCAGUUGGGAUUUGAUCCAGCAAAACUCAAAAGCCAUACAUCUACGGAAGAUUGUGAACAAGCUCUAUCCCUGGGAAACAAAAACAAUGGUACAUCGGCCUUUUGCGACGUCAUGCCCCAUAUCAAGGCCAUACUAUCUCAAGCGUGUGGCAAGUACAAGAUGAUCAACCCUGUCUAUCGCACAGACGGAUUCGCCUUUGCUUUCCCCAAAGCUUUCCCUGCGGUGGCUGAUAUCUCUAAAGCCAUAGUUCAACUGACGGAAAACGGCACGAUUCGCGAGAUCGAGAAACGGCACUUGCCCGAGCCGGAGUGUGUGGGUCCCGACGGAAGCAGCUCCCUUGCCCGAGUGUCGUUGCAAAGCUUCUCCGUCCUCUUCGCCAUCACGGGUUUUGUAACAGUGACAUGCUUUCUUGUUUCGCAGGCCCUUCAUCUGCACAACAAAAGAUCUCUUCAUCAAAGGGUUGCAGACUUCAAAGCCAAUGCCUGCUCAACAAUCCGCCGCUGUUUCAAACCCGACCGCCCCUCUUCUCCUCCGGCGACGGCAGAGGUAGAAAUUAGCUCUUCAAAUGAUCAUGUCAUAGAGGUCAUCUCAGAUGUUUAGAUCAACCAAUACAGAAUGAUAGCAAGAAACUGAUACCUCAAAAUUAUACACAGAGGUGCGUUUACAAGCAAGACUCUGCUUCUUGUUAUGAUUGCUAACUUAGAAGCUUCAUCCUCUAUACAGCAACUCUUUUCCUACACUAGUUGGGCAUAUCAACACAGAAUCCACACACAGACCACCUUUGGUGUGUGUGCAGUCGAUCUGCGUCAAGGAGAAGUUGAUCGUCGUGAACGCAUUAGGAUCCUCAACGACGAAAUCUCCGACGUGGUAGUGCACCCAGUUUCCCAAGCUCCCCAGCGUGCAGCGGGAGGCUGCAUGCUGGCCGUCGUGCGUCUUCAACUGAAACUGCGCAGGUUUCGUAUCCCAUCCGUGCACGCGGCUUAGCCUCUGCUUACCAACUCUUCCCAGCUUCAGCCUGAAGAAGAGACUGUAAGUUCCCCGCGGAUAUCGGAACUCGACUUCUCCGUCCACUUCAAGCCACCAGAUUUGCUCAAGGCAUGCAACUGUCUCAAAUCUACAUCAUCAAUCAAAGAAUAACAUUCAAAAAGAAAACAUUAAGACAUUUUUUUUGCCUAGGCAAGUACAAGGAUUUAGGUUAUGAAUAUGGAAAUUUCAUGCAGACAGGGGAUUUGGAGCUGAUUAGAUAUCCAGCUUUUGAAAUUCAUUUAGAAUCUGCAGCU